UAGACUUAGUUACUUGAUACGUUUUUAUAUAAUUAUUAAGAAAACACUGACAACGUUAUUUGUUUGGACUUGUUUUAAUCAGAAAGAUAAAUUAAUACGCACAACUUCCUAAUGCAUUACUUGACAAAGGGUUUUAUUGCAACUCGGUUUCUCACUAUUUUCUUUGAUUAACGUGAAUAUUCUUUGCGUAUGUAGAACAUAAACCAUAACAAUCAAUCUAUUCGCUGGAACAACUCUCCUGUCUGUGUUUGAGUUAUUGUGUUAAAUUUCUAUUGGGAGGAGUUAAUAUAGCAUUUGUUGGCCUACACGUACUAGAAACGCAAGAGGACACUCGUCUCCUGUACAAGCCGGAGGGGUCGAUGGACGCGGACGACUGUCAUUUGUCGGUGUCAGUGGCCGCAAGUACGGAGACAUUAGCAACUGACGUCACCAUUUCCUCGGAGAAGCUGGCCCAGCCCGAGGGAUGUUUUGGAAAGACAAGAAGAGUCGCCCAGGCCGUGUACAAGGCGGCGCGGUCCCUGGUUGGGCUUAUCUUUAUUCUUAUAGCGUACACCGCGCUCGGCGCCGCCAUAUUUAUGGCAGUGGAAUCAUAUCAUGAACAAAAAUUCAAAUCCAACAUUACGGAUAUUAGAAAGAAUCUAAUUACUCAAUUACUGCAGUCAGUGAAUCAGGUCCAAGACGUAAACAAGAUCAGGGCGGACACAACCAAAUUCUUAGUGGAAUAUGAAUCGUCGAUCCGGGAGGCGAUUAAGAAUGAUGUGACCACGGACUCGACAGUGGAGGUGUGGACGUACUGGGGCAGCCUGUUCUUCGUAUGGACCGUCUAUACCACCAUAGGUUACGGGAACAUCUAUCCCGUAACAGGUAUCGGGCGUGUGUUGACAAUCGUGUAUGCGAGUGUAGGGAUCCCCCUAGCGCUUUUGCUGCUGGCGGAACUAGGGAAAGUGUUCACCAGGGGUCUUAAGUACCUGUGGGCCUUCGUAAGGAGGUACUACUACACCGGCUACUUCCGGAAGGUUCGUUCUUCGCUGCAGCAUAAAUAUCAGGUUACGAAGUCGGACUUAAAGAAGAAAAGAAGCUCCAGCGCACCUGCCCUCGUAGAACAGGCGCACGUUGAAGCAGGAGAGGCGGAUAGCCUGGAGGCAAAGAGCCUCAAUAGCCUUGACGACGAGGCGGCCGCGGCCGAGGCAGGGCAGCGCAGUCGCAGUAGUUCCAAGGUGGUAAAUGGGUACGAGGUGGACGAUGAGUUUAACCUUCCAAUCAGUAUUGCGAUCGGUAUCCUGUUUGUGUACAUCAUGCUGGGAGCGACAAUGUACACGAUAUGGGAGGACUGGACAUUUAUAGAGUCGUUUUAUUUUGUAUUUGUGUCCCUUUCAACCAUUGGCUUCGGUGAUGUUUUACCUGCACAUCAGAAGUUUUUUAUUAUCUCAUCGAUAUACAUGUUUGUCGGUCUGUCAUUGGUUUCUAUGUGUAUCAAUGUCGCGGUCGAGUUUUUCCACAGUAUGUCCAAAAGGGCUAAGAAGAAAAUGGGCGAGGCAAAAAGAAAGAUAGGUGAUAAGGUAAACCAAGCUAGCAAAAAUGCGCGGGAAAAGGUAUCAGAUAUGAAACACAAUAUCAAAGAUGAAACCAGUAGGUUAAGGCAGAAGACAGAUGCACGUCUCACUAACCUAAGAACAAAUAUUACUGAUGAAACUUCCAAGUUCAAACAUAAGACUGACAAAGCGUUUACUGGUAUUAAAACUAACAUAUCAAACGAAACAACCAAAUUUAAAAAGCGAGCCGAUGAGAAAUUUAGAAAAAGAGGGUCAACUCCGGACGGCGAUAGCCCAGCGAAUAUUUCCAGAGAAAAAGUAGCAACUGUAGACAUUCCCGACGACAUACCUGCCGCCGACGAGACAUAUAAACCAAUUGGUGACGUCCAGUCAACCACCAGUGAAAAACCAAUAUCACCUAAACGCCGGACGGAGUUAAAGAAAAGGACCCCAACAUCACCUACAAAAUCCCCACCAAGGUCCCCUACUAAAUCGCCGACGCAAACAUUUGCCUCACUCGGAGCGUUCAGAAUUUCGGUGAAGAAAGCCACCAAAUAGAUAUCUGAAAUGCCUGGGUGCAGUAGUUUGUGUUUAGAUGACAAUUUAACCAAGACAAUGUAAUUGCUCUCUAAAUGUUAUUGGUAUAUUCGAGAAUAAAAGCGAUACAGAUUAACAUUUGUUUCAACAUAUAUGAGAUGUAUGUUGUUUAUUUUGAGAAAUUGAUAAUUAUCAUAUACACACAAAAUGUAUCAUGUAAUGGUGCAGGUAAUUUAAAAUGCAUUUACCAAAAUAAAUUGACCAGUAAUGUAGGAGAGACACGGCGCAUUUAUUUGGUAAAUGCAUACUUAUAAUACUUUUACCAGCUUAGUGUAUGAUAUUAUAUUCUGUCUACUGAACCAGCCUCUGUUAAAAUCGACCAAUUCACUGUUGAUUUACGAAAAUCACUUCAUGUUAUACUCGAAAGAUACUGCCAUCACAAUGGACAAAUAUAAUUUCAAACACCAAAAUAAAACAAAUUAAGACCUAUCGGUUUAAUGUUUUAAAAUGUACAUGUAUUUGAUUUUCGAAGUACAGGCGAAAUGGGGGACAUCUGCUAAUAAUGUUCUAAAGGCUAAUGACUGUGUUGUGUUUACUUUCUUUAAGUGACGUGUGUAUUCCAUCAUGCGUCCAUAUCUUGCUCAAACCUGCCGACAUUGUAUUGUAUAUAUUGCCCAAUGUGUGUUGCGUUUCAUUAUUAUACAAGUGAGCUUUUUGUUCUGUUUAAGUUUAUGAUUUAAUGCAUUUGACCUUUACGCGACGCCAUUUCAGUUUCUUAAUUGCGCUAUGUGUUCCUUUCCCAAAAACGUUUAAAUUGAUCCCUUUCAAUUUUUCUAACAUAUUUAACUGUUUAAAAUUAUGGGUCCUGUGUAGUUGUAAAUGCAUAGGACAUCGUAUAAGUCGUGUAUACGUUGACAAUUCUUGUACGCCCUUAUUCAGAUUCUGUUUUGUGUAACAUGUUUAUGUGAGGAAUUCUACAUAAUUGCCAA